UUCCAACAUCCAACUUAUCAAAACGACGCCGUCUCUUUCUUCUCUUACCAACUUCUCGUCACUUUCUUCUUCCUCAAUCCAUUUCAACUGUUGCAGAAAGAGAGAGAAAUAAACAAAUUAAUUAAUUAAUCAUCAACUAUAAUUAAAUAAACAGAAGAUAUUUUCAUUACUUUGCCGACCAUACAUAAAAAUAUCUUUCUCCCCAAAAACUUCAUGACCGGAAAAAGGUCAAAAAGUACCAAAAAACCACCGCCUUUGUUCCUUAUUUCCUCCAUUUUCUUCACUAAUAGCUUCCUAUCCGAGGGCAAAACCGACUUAUCACUUCGGUAAACCGAUAAUCUUCAGCUCUGGUAGGUGGAAGCUUCUGGAAUGUAAAUCGAGCUUUGAGCAUCUGAGGUAGCGAACGAGAAUGGAUCGAGGUCCGGGUCCGUGUAUGGAUAUGCCGAUCAUGCACGAUAGUGACCGCUAUGAUUUUGUUAAAGAUAUCGGCUCCGGUAACUUUGGUGUUGCCAGGUUGAUGACUGAUAAGCAAACUAAAGAGUUAGUUGCCGUUAAGUAUAUUGAAAGAGGCGAUAAGAUAGAUGAAAACGUUCAGCGGGAGAUAAUCAAUCACAGGUCCCUGAGGCAUCCUAACAUAAUUAGAUUCAAAGAGGUGAUUCUGACGCCAACUCAUCUCGCUAUUGUGAUGGAAUAUGCAUCUGGUGGGGAGCUUUUUGAGAGAAUUUCUAAUGCAGGGCGCUUCAGCGAGGAUGAGGCUCGCUUCUUUUUCCAGCAACUUAUAUCUGGUGUCAGCUACUGUCACUCCAUGCAAGUAUGUCAUCGGGACUUGAAGCUGGAAAAUACAUUGCUUGAUGGAAGCCCUGCUCCUCGGCUAAAAAUUUGUGAUUUUGGUUAUUCCAAGUCUGCGCUGCUGCAUUCACAGCCAAAAUCAACAGUGGGAACUCCUGCUUAUAUCGCACCAGAAGUUUUGUUGAGGCAGGAAUAUGAUGGCAAGAUUGCAGAUGUGUGGUCGUGUGGAGUGACAUUGUAUGUCAUGUUAGUGGGUGCAUACCCUUUUGAGGAUCCUGAUGAACCAAAAGAUUUUCGGAAGACGAUCAAUAGAAUCCUGAGCGUGCAGUAUUCUAUGCCUGAGAACAUUCAGAUAUCUGAGGAAUGUCGCCACUUAAUCUCAAGGAUCUUUGUUGGGGAUCCGGCACAGAGGAUCACAAUGCCUGAAAUCAGAAAUCAUGUAUGGUUUUUGAAGAAUCUUCCAGCGGACUUGAUGGAUGAUAAGAUGAUUAGCGACCAGUUUGAAGAGCCCGAUCAGCCAAUGCAGAGCAUAGAUACGAUCAUGCAAAUUAUCUCAGAGGCAACAGUGCCACCAGUUGGCUUGUAUAACUUGGAAAUGAUGGAUGAUGACAUGGAUGACUUGGAUUCAGAUCCUGAUCUUGAUAUUGAUAGUAGCGGGGAGAUCAUAUAUGCAAUGUGAGUGCAUGCCAUGGUUGUGAAAAGAAAGUUGUAUCUGCAAUCGCAUUUCUGGACUUGUUUGUGCGUAAGGCUUAGAGAUUAUUUGAAGGCUCAGCAGCAAGAACAUGGGGGUAUUUUCAGUGCUUGUAAUUAGUCAAGUUCUUAUCCUGGAAGGGGCUCUUAGUGUGCCCAUGAAUUAUUUCUCGUAUCAGCAUAGGAGGAAUUGGCUGAAAAAGUAAUGGAGUUUUUAUACUUAGAGUUCAUAAUCUUAUUAUAGUACCAUACAGUGCAGUUAUUUUGUGACUCUUGUACUUGCUUAUUUGCAUUUGUAUCAAACGAACCAUGUGUUCUUUGUGGUGUUUGUAAGUUGAGAUGCUUGUAGUCCUGGGGCUUAUGUAUUACGAUGUUUGCACA